CCACCCUUAAAUUGGAGCUAAUGACAGUUCUCCUCGUUAGAGUUUCAAAGCAACUCCUUUGGAGAAACAAAGGCUUGGAAGGGGAGGAGAAACAUGGAUGACUUCAGCUUCCCUACCGUUCCAGUAUCUCAAGAGCCCCUCUGCCAGGUCCCCUUUCCCCUGUGGUUUGUGUCCCCCAUCGCCGACCAAAAGACCGUCCAUCAUCGCCGGAGAAGCUUCUCUUCAGCCGAAGAAGCUGCCAAGAUCGCCGACGCAUUGGAAAUGGCCUCGCCGGCGCUCAGUGAGGGUGGCAGAUACCAGUUUCUCAAUGAUGAAGAGAGGAUGGACAUGCUAUGGGAGGAUUUCAAUGAAGAGCUCUGCCGCCUCUCUUGCGAUCAUAGGAGGGCGCCGGUGAACGGGGAGGUGAGCUCUGACUUGAGAUCCGGCAGGCAUGGAAUGGUGGACCGACACUGCGUUCGGUCAUCGCCCGCAUCGAAGACCGGCAGCAUAAUUCACCAUAGAAGGCCAAGCUUGCUUCUGAUGCUCAAGGUGUUGAAGAAGCUGUUCGUGAUUCAGAAGACUAGUUCUUCCAAGAGGAAACCACUUCAUUGAAUCAUCCUCCAAUAAUUCUACCAUGGUUUGUAGCUUCCUGAUCUUAAUUGGAUAUCGAGCAAGCCAUAGGAGCUGAAUGCAGAAGUUAGAAGAGGUACGAGCCAUCAGAGUUUAAAAAAAAAGGUUGGUAAUCUUCUUGUUCCGAAGGUAACUAGCAAACAGAGGCAGUCAUCUAUUCCUAUCUAUAAAUAGCUAUAUAUCAAUAGAAAUAACACAUUUGUGAGAUAAUAUACUUUUGGAUUUCACUCCUCCCUGCUUUUGGUUUGCUAAAAUUAGGAAUUCAGUUGAUGUGAUUCCAGCUGCUUAUUCCUGCCUUCAUUAAUGUAAUGUCUUCUAUCUGAAUAAGAUAGCCCAUACAUGCUUGCAUGUUAAUUCUACUCGUUGCAAGCCUUGGCCUCUCCCCCUGCCACAAGGAUGACAAAGAGCACAUGCUAUCGAGUGGAGAGAACAGCCGUGGGAGCUCAUGGUACACUCCUUUUUCUCUUUCUUAGCUACUAGGACAAGGUAUUUGUUUGUGUAAAAGGCUAUCAGGACAACCAUGAGGACUUCCAGCCACCUAAUACGGAUAUCAACAGCAAAAAUUAGUUGUGAGGUGGUUCUAGAUGCCAGGCUGGUCCUACAGCAAUCUUGUCUGUAUCGAUAGGUCAUCAGUUUGAUUUCAUUCUGUACGAUUGGGUAUUGAUGUCCCUAAUGAUUUUUUAAUGUAUCUAGUAGAUAAGUAAUUGGCUUUUUCUUUGAUCAUUCUCAUAUACUCUCGGAAAUUGAAAUAAUGUUAAGAUGGAUGGCAUAAAUAGAUCUUAGCCCAACUUUUUGGUAUACUUUCCCCUCCCAGGAACGGAAAAGAUAGCUGAGCGUUUUCUCACUUUUAUGUUGGCCAACAAGAAGCAGCAGCGUGGCUUGCUGCCUUUGCACUCUAGAAGUCUAGCCCAAUCGGGAUAAAAUGCCCAAAAAGAAGGAAAUAGAAAUGGGUCUACCUCUAGGCAACAGGAAAUGCCAUUUUAAAGUCACAAGUUCACAGAAAGUCCAUCUUCACCAAAUCAACAAAAUCACAUAGGUAAGUAAAAUUUCAAACUCAUCCUUCAUUGGCCUC